CAACUCUAUGGUAAUAUUAAUACAUUGUUAUGGUCUAAUAACAAACAUUGGUAACCGUUUGGAAAGUUUGGAUGGUUAUCUAAUAAAAUUUAUUAACCAUGGUCCUAUGUUUGUAAAUGUAUUUAUAAUGAUAUCCGGUUUUCUGUGUGCAUUGACUUUUCUAUCGACAACAACACAGUCCCCAACAAUAACCGGUAUUAUUAGCCGAUUGUUUCAACGAUACAUACGUUUUACUCUAUCACUAUUGGCUGCCAUUGGCGUACGUAUUGUCUACGAGUUAGUGGGUUCGGGUCCCCAAUGGUAUCAAUAUGUCGAUAAAAUGCAUGAAUCUUGCCAUCAAUUUUGGUGGUUUAAUCUAUUAUAUAUGCAAAAUAAUCAAGCUAUUAGUCAAUUAGUCGAUAAAGAUCUAACAGUAUUUAAUAUGUGUCAAGGUGAAACAUGGUCAUUGGCUGUCGAUAUGCAAUUGUUUAUCAUAUCACCAUUGUUAAUAUUACUACUAACUUAUAAUGAUAUUAGGUAA